AUGGUGAACCACACUGGAAUAAUCCAAGAUAAAAACAUGAACUGCUCUGCUUGUGUUUCGCCAAAAUAUGCAUGUGAGGAAGACGAUGGCCCUUUCAAGUGGUCCACGUUGAUACAAGGGAUCAUAUUAUCCGCCAAUUUGGUGGGGUUUUUGGCGAUACAAUACCCUGGCGAAAGAUGGAUACAACGCAGGAGCCCCAAGUGGGUUUUUAGCUUCGCUGUCCUCACCAAUAUAUUCUGUGUUUACAUGACUCCUCUGGUGGCAAAAAACUCAUUGGUGGGUUUAAUACUGCUGAGGAUCUUAUCAGGUAUAGGAGGAGGCGUUGUUUUUCCUAUUGCACAUGUUUUGAUACUGAACUGGGCACCAAGUGAUGAACUUUUCGUCCUGAUGAACAUCGUCCAGUCUGGAACUCUAGUGGGGGGAGUUUUGUUCACAUGGUUAUCAGGGGGGAUUAUAUAUUACUUAACCUGGGAGUAUGUGUUCUACAUUGAAGGUACUUUAGCUGUAAUCUGGCUGAUAUUAUGGCUUAUAUUUGCAGCUGAUUCGCCGGUAAAAGCUAGGUUUAUAUCGGAGUUGGAGCGGGAGUAUCUUUCUUUAACAGUGCCCACCAUACGGUCCAGACAAUUAACCAUGAGAGAAGUCCACGAGUAUCGCAAAACGCCGUGGAAAAUUGUUCUGUCUUCACCGCCAUACUUGGCGAUUUUGUUUGCUCAAAUUUUCUCUGAAUGGAGUUGGACUUUGUUGCAACUAGACUUACCAACAUACAUUAACUACCAUCUAGGUUUUCACAUCGUCAACAAUGCUUUUUUAACGUCGAUACCUUUUAUUUCCAUUGUGGCGGUACGCGUUCUAAUCGCAAUCCUAACCUCAUUCGGAGUCAGCAUAAUAUAUGGCCUUAAAGUGAAUUUCCACCUUGUUCUAAUCAACAUGGUGAACCACACCGGAAUAAUCCAAGAUAAAAACAUGAACUGCUCUGCUUGUGUUUCGCCAAAAUACGCAUGUGAGGAAGACGAUGGCCCUUUCAAGUGGUCCACGUUGAUACAAGGGAUCAUAUUAUCCGCCAAUUUGGUAGGGUUUUUGGCGAUACAAUACCCUGGCGAAAGAUGGAUACAAAGAAGGAGCCCCAAGUGGGUUUUUAGCUUCGCUGUCCUCACCAAUAUAUUCUGUGUUUACAUGACUCCUCUAGUGGCAAAAAACUCAUUGGUGGGUUUAAUAUUGCUGAGGAUCUUAUCAGGUAUAGGAGGAGGCGUUGUUUUUCCUAUUGCACAUGUUUUGAUACUGAACUGGGCACCAAGUGAUGAACUUUUCGUCCUGAUGAACAUCGUCCAGUCUGGAACUCUAGUGGGGGGAGUUUUGUUCACAUGGUUAUCAGGGGGGAUUAUAUAUUACUUAACCUGGGAGUAUGUGUUCUACAUUGAAGGUACUUUGGCUGUAAUCUGGCUGAUAUUAUGGCUUAUAUUUGCAGCUGAUUCGCCGGUAAAAGCUAGGUUUAUAUCGGAGUUGGAGCGGGAGUAUCUUUCUUUGACAGUGCCCACCAUACGGUCCAGACAAUUAACCAUGAGAGAAGUCCACGAGUAUCGCAAAACGCCGUGGAAAAUUGUUCUGUCUUCACCGCCAUACUUGGCGAUUUUGUUCGCUCAAAUUUUCUCUGAAUGGAGUUGGACUUUGUUGCAACUAGACUUGCCAACUUACAUUAACUACCAUCUAGGUUUUCACAUCGUCAACAAUGCUUUUUUAACGUCGAUACCUUUUAUUUGUAUGUUUAUUUUUGGUAUUAUCUUUAAUAAUGCCAUACAAAAAUGCAUAUCGAAGCAGAAAAUUAAAGUUGUCACUGCGCGUAAAGUAGCCACGUCCAUAGCAAGCCUCAUACCAAUGUGUUGCUUCUUGGCUUUGGGCUUUAUAGAUUGCAAAAAAUGGUAUAUUAACAUGGCUUUGAUCAGCAUAGCAAUGGCAGCGAUGGCGGCGAUGUAUUCUGGCUUUAUAUCAAACCAUUUCGAUAUAGCCCCACUUUUCGGUGGAACGUUAUUGAACGUUUCCAAAAGUGUAGCUGCCUUUUGUGCAUUGGAGGUACCUAUAUUGGUUGGAUAUCUAAUAACGGAUGAUUAUAGCAUAAAAUCCUGGAGGAUUGUAUUUUGGGUUGCCAGUGUUUUGCAUUUUUUGCAAUUUUUAGUUUUUGUAGCGUUCGCAUCAGGAGAUAUUCAAGCCUGGAAUAAUUUAGGACAAGAAGAUGAAAUGUAA